AUGGGCCCCUGUGUUGGUGCACUAUUGCUGCUGUUGCCCUGCUUGAUUUCUGCUCAACUAAGCACUGUGUCUGAACCUGAAGGCACCUCCAGCCUGGAGCCCACAUCAGCACUCCUGCUUCCAGCCUCAAACACUAGCAUCAUAGCAGGGAAGAGCCUCUCCCCCAGCAUCCUGCCCACCAGUCCGGGCCCUAGCCCAACAGUAAAAGUGAGCAUGGGGGAGGACUGGCCUGCUGCAGAGAAUUACCUCUACACAGGUGAUUCCUCCUCUUUGGCUUCUUCUACCUGUACACAGCCUUUCCAGUUGCCUGUUCAGAGGGGAGCUCCACCUAGAGACCUUCCCCCUCUCUUGCAUCAAGCCAUAGGAUCUCUGACCAAUGCUGCCAACUUCCUCAACUUGAUAUUCCAGGCUAGUGAGCUUAGAGAAAUGAGUGUAAGAGAGGAUAUUGAGUGGUAUCAUGCCCUGGUCCGGGCCAUGCUUGAAGGGGACCGGCCAGGCCUGGUCAGACGAGCUUUCCUGACUUUUGAUGCCGACCCCACAAUCCAGCAACCGCAACUGGUGCUUCGUGCCUCCAAGGGCUCAAUGCAGGAUAUUUUCCUGCAAGAACUUACUGCUGCCUGGGGUGGCCUUCUUCCUCCAGCCCCUGACCAGAGCUGGUUUAACACCUUCAAGUCCAGCCCCCCACCCCACCAUGCCAUGUCUAAACAGGUUCUGCUAAAUGAUCUGAGCACUCUAGAUACACCCAAGUGGGCAUUUGGGGACAGUUAUGUGAUCAAUAGCAGUGGGGUCCAUUGGGGCAAAGCACCUUUUCUUGAGUGUGAAGGUGGCCGUUUUAUGCCAAAAUGGCUAAUAAGCCUCUCCAUGCCCUUUUAUGGGUUGAAGCCAGACCUCAGCCCAGAAUUCAGGGGUGUGAUCCGUGUUGACGUGAACAUCCAGGGAUUCAAUGUGGAUCAGUGUGCCAUUGGAGACUUCUGGUUUGCAAAAACACACAAGUGUAAUCGUACCAGUAUGGAGUGCGUGCCAAUCCCACAACAGGGUUUCCGGAUGGGUCGGUACUGCUGCCGAUGUAAAAAAGGCUUCUACAGCCCAGUUCCAGACAUACCAAACAAAAGGGGCAGCCAUGCAAAUUCGACCCAGGCUUGUUACCCUGAUGUCCCUGUCUGUCUACCCUGUUGGCCUGGCUGUGUUCAGUGUGAUGAUGGGGCCCCAUGUUGGGUGCAAGAAGACUGGCUCCUCAGAUCAGGUGUUUUGGCUAUGCAGGGGCUCUUUAUGGUCCUUGUGCUUAUCAGCAUGCUGGUGGCAUAUCAGUGCAGAAGAACCAAGCGGAUCCGAUCGUCAGGGCUUUUGCUGCUGGAGAUGAUCCUGUGCGGUUCUCUGUUGCUGUACUUCCCGGUCUUCAUUCUAUACUUCAAACCCAGUACUUUCCGGUGCAUUCUACUCCGCUGGGUCCGUCUGCUUGGUUUUGCCAUUGUUUAUGGAACUGUGACACUCAAGAUGUACCGGGUUCUGAAAGUGUUCCUCUCACGAACAGCUCAGAGAGUGCCAUACAUCACUACCACAGGCGUGCUGAGGAUGCUGGGAGUCAUAGUGCUAACUGUCAGCUGGUUUCUGUGUGCAUGGACAGUGGGUGUCCUGCAGAAUCGAGACCGGAAUAUACCAUUACUUAUCAUAUCCACCACCUCAGCAGGACAGGGCUUCAAUGUGUGCGACCUGGACCGGUGGGACUACAUGAUGGCCCUGGCGGAGCUGUUGUUUCUGUUCUGGGGCAGUUUCCUGUGCAGUGCAGUUAAGACGGUACCCUCAGCAUUUCAUGAACCACGUUACAUAAGCAUCGCUAUCCACAAUGAGCUACUUCUCUCCUCCUUGUUUCAUCUUCUCAGAUUUGUCAGGCCAUCACUUCAUCCUGACUGGAUGCUCUUGCUGUUCUUCACUCACACGCAUGUCACAAUUACAGUAACACUCUGCCUGCUCUUUAUACCAAAGUUUCUUCACAUGUCACGGUCGGGCCGGGAGGAAAUCGCUGCAGAGGUAUACGAGGAUGAAGUGGACCUGCGGCGCUCAUGCUCUAACCUCAACAGCAGUUUCACCUCUAACUGCUGGAGUGAUCACAGUCUGGACCCAGAUGACUUUCGGGAUGAGCUGAAGAAACUGUAUUCUCAGCUGGAGGUCCACAAGACCAAGAGGAUGGCAAACAACAAUCCCCAUCUGCCAAAGAAGCGCAGCUCUCGACUCAGUAUUGGACGCUCCCUCAUUAAACGAAUCACAGACAUCCCAGAAAGUUUAAGCAGACAAUGCAGCCGUGAAGACAAGGAUGUCAGUGCCUCCAUAGGAACUAUAAUCCGCUCAGGAUCUUAUUACAAAAGUCAUCAAACCACAAGCUUUAAUAUAAUGAAUGAAACUUUAAUGCAGCCCUCCCCAAAGCUUCGGAAGUCCCAUAGUGCCUAUGACUGUGCCCCAGAGAGAGACGUAUCCCUAUUAAACUCCUCCAUAAAGAGCACAACAGAAAAGAGGGCUUCACAGCAUUCCCACACAGGAUCCAUCAAUACAACAUUGCUGGUCUGCAAAUCUGCAAGUGCCCACAAUCUAACAAUAGACACUAACCUUCUACUUCCUGAGCCCACUAGGUUUCAAAAGUCACUUAGUGUCAUAGAACGCAAUGAUCAUCGCUCUCUGACUCCAUGUAGAAGCAUUGAAAAUGUGUCACUUCCUGGCAAAGCAACCCCAGCGGAAAAGCCCCAGCAAACUGUGAAUGUCAGCAUAAAGAAGCAGACUUCAAGUGCCUUGCUCUCAGAGUCAUUUGACAAGGCAGAGGUCUGCCCGUGGGAGAUUCCCGAGGAGCUUCCUGCAAACAAGAAUCAAAAACAUGUCACAUAUUCUCUUUCAAAUCAAGAGGAACCCAAAUCCCCUGGUGACAAAUCAUCACCAACGCUAUUAUAUAUCUGUCCAUGGGAAUACUUGCCACCUCCUACUGCCCCUGCAACAGAAACUGGGAAUGUAAUACAAGCAGAUGUUAAUUCCACAAAACCCAAGCCUCUGAUCUCAUGUAGUGCUCCAGGUUCUCCACAUACAGUCUCUGGCAAGCAAAAGGAGUUUCGCGUUUUCUCUUUCCGCUCAACUACCCAGAGCUUCCUUGCAGCAAAGGGCCUGGAAGAGACUGGGAGAAGUAGGAGCACAGAGAAAAGCUUUCAAGAAAGCAAUGUUAAGGAGGGGAUGCUACUAAAAUCCCUGUCCACAUCCAUGAGACUGUCCCCAUGUAGUGCAGCUUCAGAGAAGCGUACCCCACAGACACAAAGACGGGCUAUGACUACCAUAGGUACUAAACCUUGCCUUGUGAAACAAGCAGCAAUACGGCUGCCAUCUACAGAUUCUCCUGAGAGGAGCCCAAAGCACACUGCUCCUGUUCACAUCUGUCCUUGGGAGUCAGAGGAGGUGAUCUUGGAGGUCAAGAAGCAGAAUGUAAAUGAAAAUAUAUUACAAAGACAAUUCAGUGACAAGCAAGCGCUAUCCGUGAAACGUAAUACUGAUAGCUACAAACCCCCUGGGUUCCAACUUAAAUCUUUAUUGGCUGUUCCAAAUACAGAGGUGUGUCCAUGGGAUGUUCCAAAACCUUUUCAUCAAUCCAGCAUUUCUGAAGUUUGUGCUUGGGAGGUUGUGGAAGCAGAGCAAUUGCAAACCAAAAGCAUGCAUACUGAUGUUUGUUCUUGGAAAACAGAUUUCAACCAAUCGAGGCACACUGAAGAUGAUACCUUUAAUACCACUGUUGAAGUUGGGGAUGUUCAAAAGCAGGCAAAUUUGAAGCCUGAAGCAUGUCCUCCGAAUGGACUAGACACUAAUACAUCUCAUGUUAGACAGGAAUCCACCAAAUCCUCUAGUGACACAAUAGAACCUGGUGAAAGGAUAAUUUAUGUUCAUGCAGGACAACAUCCAGUAGACCAAGAAACAGUUCAGGGUGAGGCAAAUUCCUGGGAAACAAGAGAAACCCAAAAACAAGAAGAAAGUGAUUUUCCUGAACCACCACCUCCACCUGAAACUGACAUAAGUCCCUGGGAUUCAGAGACAAUGAUUAAAAAAGCAACUGUACGCCCAUGGGAAGUAGAGGACUCUAAGAGGUCAGAAGGAAUGGAAAGUGCCAAGAACAAGGGGCCAACAAAAUUAGAACAACAACAAGAAAGUGUCUGUGCCGAUGUUUGUCCAUGGGAGAUAAGUGAGCCAACUAAGACCUUGCAGAAGCAAGAGAACAUCCAUGCAGAUGUUUUUCCAUGGGAAACUGUAGUGCCAGUGAAGACCUUGGAGAAGCAAGAAAGUGUGCAUGCAGAUGUUUGUCCACGGGAAACUGAAGUGCCAAUGAAGACCUUGGAGAAGCAAGAAAGUGUCCAUGCAGAUGUUUGUCCAUGGGAAACAGAAGUAACAUUGAAGACCUUGCAGAAGCAAGAGAGCGUCCAUGCAGAUGCUUUUCCAUGUGAAACUGAAGAGCCAGUGAAGACCUUGGAGAAGCAAGAAAGUGUCCAUGCAGAUGUUUGUCCAUGGGAAACUGAAGUAACAUUGAAGACCUUGCAGAAGCAAGAGAGCGUCCAUGCAGAUGCUUUUCCAUGUGAAACUGAAGAGCCAGUGAAGACCUUAGAGAAGCAAGAAAGUGUGCGUGCAGAUGUUUGUCCAUGGGAAACUGAAGUGCCAAUGAAGACCUUGAAGAAGCAAGAAAGUGGCUGUGCAGAUGUUUGUCCAUGGGAGAUGAAUGAGCCAACAAAGACAUUGCAGAAGCAAGAGAGCGUCCAUGCAGAUGUUUGUCCAUUGGAGGAAAAUGAACCAGUCAAGACGUUGCAGAAACAAGAAAGUGUUCAUUCAGAUGUUUGUCCAUGGGAAACGGAAGUGCCCAUGAAAUCACUGCAAAAACAAGAAAGUCUUUGUGCAGAUGUUUGUCCAUGGAAAACAAAUGAACCAUUGCAGACCUUGCAGAAGCAAGAAAGUGUUAAUUCAGAUGCCUGCCCAUGGGAGGCAAAACCAUCACCCAAACAAUCUAUUUCACAAGACACUGUAAAAAGGCAAGACAGUGCUCAAGAAUCUUACUGUCCCUGGGACAACUGCAUGGAAACUCCAGAAAAAACGGAAGGAAGCACCAGUCAAACUCCCACAGAUUGGGGAGAAGUAGGUGCAACACAGUCCCCAGAAGAGAUGAGGGUUAAUACUCCACUUGCUCGGUGUGACGCAUUGUGCCCUUGGGAAAUGGAAGGUGGCAGACAAGAAUCUAUAACAGUGCAUGAUAAUUCAGGUGUCUUCACUUGGGAAGAAACGAUACCAGAGGAAGAUGAUGGUGAUGCAGAAACUGCUGCGGAGGCCUUCAUCUUCCCUCCAGACUUGUGAGCUGUAAGGGCAAUUUUAUUGAGCUUUAAGUUGAAAGACUCAAAAGUUGUGACAACAUAGACAUGGACCAGUGGUCACACAUUUAAGCCAAUGAGGGUUAACCCAAUGAAGAAUGUUCCUUCACUCCCAUUAGCAAACUUUAAUGACUGUCAUUUAGAAAUGGAUUCCACCGAUGGCAACUUUCUCUCUACCUUCUCAGCUUAAUAAGCUGUAUGUGAAGACCGACUAUGGCUUCAAGAUGGACUGCUCUCCUGUGCACAUUUUCCUUUGGUCUUACAUUAACAUGAACCCUUCAUUUAAUUUGGCAUCAUUUUGUGUCAUUGUGUUCUUAUUACUUUGUAGAUUGCUAAAGUUUUUAAAAA